UUUUUUUUUUUUUUGCACACGGUGCUUAGGUCACAAGGCUGUCGGAUGCAUCGAGUAUUAAGGCCGUUUGCACACUGGCUGCACGGCACUGACUGACGUUCAAUCAACUUCAGACCAAGUAAGGACAACAAUGCUCCGAGAAGAUCCACUCAAUUAGCUUCCAACAUUUUAAAUUACUUUUAAGCAGAUCCUUUUGCACACUAUUUAUUUAUUCUUCAAAUUUGCUAGUUUUCGAGUGUUUUUUUUUCCCCCGUCUCCUUGAAUUGUGAGGAAUUCCCUUCAGCUGUGACGCUCACCGUGCGAGUCAUGUUUAAAUCUAUGGAUCCCGAGAGGUUUCGCCUUGUCUCUGAUGUUAAAAGCAGCUACGGUAACUCGGGAAGCUUCGAAGCACUGAAUCACGAUGUCAAAGCUGCUGUCAAACAUUGCCAUGACAACAGCCACGCGCAGGAAGACCGCGCGCGAGAAAAGAAAGUCGCCAGGAAGAGGUUGUAUGUGGUGUCUGUCAUCUGCCUGAUUUUCAUGAUUGGCGAAAUCCUUGGGGGCUAUUUUGCAGGAAGCCUUGCAGUGAUGACCGAUGCUGCUCACCUGUUGGUGGACUUCACCAGCUUCAUCAUCAGCCUGUUGUCCCUUUGGCUCUCCUCUAGACCGGCGACGCACAAACUCAGCUAUGGCUGGCAUCGGGCGGAAAUCCUCGGCGCAUUGCUGUCAGUGUUCACCAUCUGGCUGGUAACAGGAGUGUUGGUUUACAUGGCUGUGGAGCGUCUCAUCAGUGACGAUUACACCAUCCAGAGCACAGUCAUGCUCGUCACCUCCGGCUGUGCUGUUUUGGCCAAUGUUAUUAUGGCCCUCACCCUUCAUCAGUCCGGCCAUGGGCACAGCCACGGAGGGCUCUCGUCACAUGGCCACAGUCACGAGAAAGGGAGAGGAAAAGGAGAUGCUCAGAUUUCCAAUCAUGCCCAUUUCGUCGACAAUCUUGCCGACGUAGAGCAAAACCGAGACGGUCAGGGGGCCCGAGUGCAUCAGGCCAACGCCAGCGUGCGCGCAGCCUUUGUGCACGUGGUGGGAGAUCUCCUCCAGAGCAUCAGCGUGCUUGUCAGCGCCAUCGUCAUCUUCUUCAAGCCAGAAUACAAGAUGGCCGAUCCCAUCUGCACGUUCCUCUUCUCCAUCUUAGUUUUGUGCACCACCUUCACCAUCAUGAGAGAUAUUCUGAUUGUCUUGAUGGAAGGUGUCCCAGCAGGGGUGAGGUACGGCGAGGUCCGAGAAGGUCUGCUGGCAGUGAAAGGGGUCACGGCGGUCCAUAACCUUCACAUCUGGGCCCUCACAGUCAAUCAGGCUGUGCUGUCUGCGCAUGUGGCCAUAGAUGAGUCGGUAGAUGCGCAGACCGUUCUGCGAGAGAUGACGCAGGCCUGUUACUCCUCUUACAACUUUCACUCGGUCACCAUCCAAAUGGAGCGACAGGCUGACCUGAAACCUGGUUGCACCCUGUGCGAAGACCCGAAAAUGUAGAAAAGCCUGAGAAGUUGUUGCGUUGUUGAUUUUUUUUUCUACUCUCACUGUUUGUUAUGUGUGCAAAACUCUGAGGUCUGUGCUUUACAUGUUCAAAUUGCGGCGCUGAACAAGGAAGACAAACGACACAAGUUCAUUUUCUCAACUAAGAGUUAUCUCUGUGCUCGUUUUAUGUGAUUAAACAAAAAAUCCCCAAAACAAAACUUGUUUUAAAUUUUGGCUUUGGACACUCCAACCACUUUUCCAUCAGCAUUGUAAGUUAUGUGUUAAGAUGACAUUUUCAAUAAAUCAAUACCUGUAGA